UCCGCCUAGUCAUCAGUUAAUCAACAAAUAUCAUUGACCAUUUUCGUUACGCAUGAAGUUUACUUUUGCAUUAACCAACAUUGAUUUAUUUUAACAUUUCGCCUAUUAUACUUUAAGGACAAUGUCUUAUCAAUUAUAUCGAAACACGACAUUAGGUAAUACGUUACAAGAAAGUCUUGAUGAACUGAUCCAGUAUGGACAAAUUACGCCACAAUUAGCAAUUAAAGUAUUAUUACAAUUCGAUAAGGCAAUAAAUCAAGCGCUUGCAACCAGAGUUAAAUCAAGACUUUCAUUUAAGGCUGGUAAAUUAAAUACAUAUAGAUUUUGUGACAAUGUAUGGACAUUUAUGCUAAAUGAUGUGGAAUUUCGAGAAGUCCAGGAAGUUGCUGUAGUAGAUAAAGUUAAAAUUGUUGCAUGCGAUGGAAAAACAUUGGAUGCUGACGCAACAACAAGGCGAUAACAUCACUAUUUUCUCCAAGCAAAUGUACCUAUAUUACAUCACAGAUAAGAAAAUACUAGCCACAUAAAAAUUUCACAAUAGACAGUAAUACAAGUAAAAUACAUUGUACGUUUAAUAUAGGUAUACAAUUUUCAUUUGCUUACCUAUAACAGUUAAAUCUUAUCAUCAAGUAACUGUAAUUAUGACACUAUGUUGAAAGUAGGAGCAUAAAGAUUACUUGCUUUUUUAUCAUACCAGAAGCUAGCAUUAGAUUUAUUUUUAUAUUGUAUUUGGAAAAUGAACAGACUUUAUACAUCAUAUUAUGUCUACUAUACAACUUAUCUUCGGGAAAUACAAAAAUAUGUUGUAUGAUAUAAUCUUCCUGUGGUCCAACGUGUUGUUCCAAAGAUGUAAAUAAUUUUACGAACGAGACUGCAAGGUUUAUUAAGAUAUCUGAAUAAGUGAUACUAAGUGGCAUUAAGGAUAUACAUGAACAUAGU